GUCAUGGGGUCCUCCCAGACCCGUAAAAAUGAAAUGGAUGAACACAAAAGACUUCCUCACAGGUAGCUCCGACUUGAAGGCAAGCGCAUUACCAUGAGACUUUGAGGAUUGCCAAUGGUAUGGUGCCUGCGAACAUCUUCAGAACUUUGGCGUAGACACAUACCAGUUGUAGCAUUUUUUUUUUUUUUUUUUUAAACCAACAGUCGUACCCAACUGCUCCAUUGACUAUUAUGCACAACGCAGUCUUACGUAACGGAAACGCCUAUCACUGCUGCUUCUCUUCAUCACAGGAACAAUUUGUCAAACUGACCAAAGAACAACUGAACAAUCCCUGUCUUUUGAUCAUAUCUAUACCCAUAAUUCAGUGAAUGGGAAUAUCCCUUCAAUUUGUGAAUAAUAAUUGGCCAAUCAUCAAUGGAGUCUUUCAGGUAGACAUUGUCAAACUAUUAGUAGUCAUUCAAAAAUUAAGAACUACAGUAAGAAACCUUCUUUCUGUGCCGAAAAUUGAUUCAGGAAGGGCCACAAACUCAUAGAAAGAUCAAUGAAGGGUCUCCCCUUUCUCCUAUUUUUCUACGCUUUGAUCCCAUUCUCACCAAUUUCUGAAGCUGUUGAUAGUAUAAAUGUAACCCAUCCCAUUAGUGACGGUCAGACCUUAGUUUCAUCAGGCCAGAGCUUCGUUUUAGGCUUCUUUAGUCCUCAUGCUUCCAAGAAUCGUUACCUUGGUAUCUGGUACAAGAACAUCUCAUUCACAGUCGUCUGGGUCGCGAACAGAGACAACCCACUUAAAGACUUUUCUGGAGAUCUAAGUAUUGGCAACGAUGGAAAUCUAGUCCUCCUCGAUGGGAAUGGGAACGUUAUCUGGUCUUCGAAUUCGUCAACGGUCCCAAAGAAUUCAGUUGCGGUUGCGCAGCUAUUAAAUUCUGGUAAUCUUGUUCUCAGAGACAAUUUAGCGAACGUCUUCUGGCAGAGUUUCGAUCAUCCGACAGAUACUCUGUUACCGGGUAUGAAACUUGGGUGGGACUUUAGAAAUGGUCUGAAUCGUAAUCUGACAUCAUGGAGAAGCAUCGAUGACCCUUAUCCGGGAGAUUACUCUUUCAGUGUAGACCCAAGUCCACUUGCUCAAAUAGUUCUUCGCAAAGGAUUGACAGAGCUGUACCGAACUGGGCCAUGGGGUGGUGAUCAAUUCAGCAGCGGCUCUGUCUUGCCGGCAGACGCAGUGAUCAAACCCAUGUUCAUCUCUAACCAGGAAGAAAUGUAUUACGUGUAUGAGGACGGGGAUAACGUGAUCUCAAGGCUUGUUAUGACAGAAUCGAACCUGAUUCAACACUUCACUUGGAACGUAGGCCCUGCUCAGUGGGUCCUUCUAUACACCUUGCCUGAAGAUGUCUGUGAUAGUUAUGACCGAUGCGGCGCUUAUGGCUAUUGUGACAUUAACAUGACACCCAAUUGCCAGUGUUUGAAUGGGUUCACACCCAAAUCUCCGACCGCCUGGAGUUUGUUGAACUGGUCCGGCGGAUGUGUCAGAAAAGCCCAACUGGGUUGCCGGAAUGGGGAGGGGUUUGUGAAGUAUAAGGGAGUGACGUUGCCAGAUGCUGCGUUGGUUAUGGUGAACAAGAGCAUGGACCCUGAGAAUUGCUAUUUGCAGUGCUUGAAUAACUGUUCUUGUAUGGCUUAUGCUGAAAUGAAUAUUAGUGGAGAAGGCAAUGGUUGUUUGACCUGGUUUGGGGAUUUGAUUGAUAUUAGACAAUACAAUUCUAAUGGGCAAGAUCUCUAUAUCCGCAUGGCAGCUUCUGAACUAGGUUUAAAUAGUGAUUCUGGUAAGAUUUCAAAAGGUGCGGAAAUCGCGAUAGUCAUCUUCUUGGUGAUGGUUAUGGUUAUGCUUCUCUUGGGUUCAGUUGGAUGGUAUAUUGUACAGAAGUGGAGGACAAAGAGAGUUAGUGAGUUGAACAACCAAGAGAAUGAAGGCAGAGACAGAGAUAAAAGUCCACUGGAAGAAGACCUGGAGUUACCUCUCUUUGAUUUCAAUACCAUUGUAGCCGCUACUAACAACUUCUCUGACAGCAAUAAGAUUGGAAAGGGUGGUUUUGGUCCUGUUUACAAGGGUAAGCUAGUAUCAGGACAAGAAAUAGCUGUGAAAAGAUUAUCAGAGGAGUCUGGACAAGGCCUUAAAGAGUUUAAGAAUGAGGUUGUUUUGAUUUCCAAACUUCAACACAGGAAUCUUGUAGGGCUUUUGGGCUAUUCUGUUCAAAGAGAAGAAAGGAUGCUAAUAUAUGAUUACUUGCCCAACGGAAGUCUUGACUCCAUCCUUUUCGAUAAAACAAGAAGUACCAAACUGGAUUGGCACAAACGCUUCAACAUUAUUGAGGGAAUUGCUCGAGGACUUCUCUAUCUUCACAGAGAUUCAAAAUUGAGAAUUGUCCAUAGGGAUCUCAAAGCAAGCAAUGUUCUACUGGACAGUGAAAUGAACCCCAAAAUUUCAGAUUUUGGAAUGGCAAGAGCUUUUAGAGGAGAUGAAAGUGAAGACAAUACAAAGCUAGUGGUUGGAACUUAUGGUUACAUGCCUCCAGAGUAUGCAGUAGAUGGCUUAUUCUCAGUGAAAUCUGAUGUUUAUAGCUUUGGUGUGUUGGUGUUAGAGAUAGUGAGUGGCAACAAAAACAGAGGGUUCUGUCAUCCUGACCAUGAACACAACCUUCUAGGACAUGCAUGGAAACUAUGGAAUGAAGGGAAACCCUUGGAACUAAUUGACCGAGCUUUGGAUCGAUUCUCUGCACCUGAAGCAUUACGAUGUAUUCAAGUGGGUAUCUUGUGUGUGCAACAAAGACCAGAAGACAGGCCAACAAUGUCAUCUGUGCUUUUGAUGUUGGAUAGUGAGAACACAACAUUGACGCAACCUAAGAGACCUGGUUUUUAUAUCGAAAGGAGUCUUAAAGAUACGGGUUCCUCAUCAAACCAACAACGAAUUUGUUCAGAAGAAUUAGCUAUUACAGUUUUAGAGGGCAGAUAGCAGUCCCACAAAUAUGUCUGCAAUUUUUUUAUCCAAUGUGGAGGUAAGGAGAUCUUAAUGAAAUGUAAGCAUUCUGGGUUGAUUCAUCAUUUUCCUUAAAGAAAAAUCCUGUAAAUACCACAAGAAAGCUGCUCAAGAUUUUCAAAUCCUAUAAAAGGAUUUCUAAGCUGUUGUGUGCUA